AUUUCACGCCCAGUUGAACUUCGAAAUUCACUCUUGGAAGUAAACAAGUGAAAAAUUCGGUCUCUUGAUAAAAAUAAAAUCAUAAAAAUGACAACUUUAAGGCCUUUUGUGUGCGAUGACAUGUUCAAAUUCAACAAUGUCAAUUUAGAUGCAUUGACUGAAACCUAUGGACUCUCCUUUUACAUGCAAUAUUUGUCACAAUGGCCCGAAUAUCUGCAAGUUGCGGAAUCCCCAAAUGGGGAAAUUAUGGGAUACAUCAUGGGAAAAGCAGAAGGUUCGGGCGAGAACUGGCAUGGACAUGUGACGGCAUUGACUGUCUCGCCGGAUUAUCGUAAAAUGGGACUUGCUUCGAUUUUGAUGCAAUUUCUCGAAAAUGUAUCAGAAAAGAAAAGAUGUUACUUUGUUGACUUGUUCGUGAGAGUCAGUAAUCGAGUAGCGAUCAAUAUGUACACAAAUCUCGGGUAUUCUGUAUUCCGAACGGUGCUGGAGUACUAUCUGGGCGAGACGGAGAACGAAAAUGCGCUGGAUAUGAGGAAAGCACUUUCGAUGGAUGUUAAUAAAAAGUCUAUUAUACCGUUGGCGCAUCCUGUGCGUCCUGAAGACAUCGAAUAAUAAUUACUUUAAUCGAUUUUUACCAUAAUUUGUCGAAACUUAAAAGCAACAUGCGGAUUUCUUCAAAUUUUAAUAAAAAAUCUCAAGGAAAUUAAUUUAAUUUAAUUUUUUUAAGUCUCAUAGAACAGAAUUUUGUAAUAUUUUAUGAUUUUUAAACAAAAAAUAUUGCUUAUAAGCUUUGAAAAUUUUCAAAUAAUCAAGAUUUCAAUAAAAAUUUUGACAGCUGUCACUUUAUUAA